AUGUCUAGACAAGGAGAAUCUAUUGUGCGUUCCCUGAUGGUAUCUCUGAGGGAUCUCUACUGUGGCACUUCCAAGAAACUGUCCGUUUCCCACAAUGUAAUAUGCUCCAACUGUGCUUGUUCUGGUUGCAAAGCUUCUGGCAUGAAACUAGUAAAACUAUACUAUUAUGGAUUGGUCCAGCAGCCAUGUAACGACUGUGGAGGUAGAGCAGUAGUAGAAACAACCAUCAGCUGCCCUGGGUGCAAUGAUGACAAGGUUGUCCAGGAAAAGAAGAUUAUAGAAGUCCACGAUGAAGGGAUGCCCGUGCAUAAGAAACCUGACAUGAAAGGUAAUUUGCAUAUUCACUUCAUUGUGGAAUACCCUGAUUCAUUGACAAUGGAGCAGCACAAAGCCUUGGAAGGUUUGAGGAAGGAGGAAAUCAAGAUUAAACAAGCUGAAGCUCCAGAUGAAGACGAUGAUAUGCAUGAAAGGGCCCAAAUUCACUGGGUAUUGACAUUUUUACAGAGGAAUAUCCUAUGUCGACAUGAGUAUACAAUUCUUUUUUAA